AUGCCAGCAAAUGCCGACCGAAAACUCCGCCCCGAUCGCAUCAUUCCUUGGGACGACUUUGGAGCACACCAGACUCCCGUGUGGGAUGCGGUGAUGGAAUCUGAUUUCGUGUCAGAAAUACAUUUUACAUCCUUGCAUACAUUGGAAGAGGACGGGGAACAGCUGCACCGACGGAAAUUGAGCUCAGAGUUGGAUGUCCGAUACUUUGUACAAUUUGCGAUCGACGGUUCUACGCCAGAGUCUCCAUCUGCAGGGAACGGUGAAAUUCGAGAACCAUGGCAACAUGCUGAGCCCGGAUGA